AUGAGGCGUGUAACUAGAUUCCAGGCAACCAAGGAUGACUCUGACACGAGGGAGGUGACCGCGGAGGACACGGAGGAUAGCGAGGCUAACAUGGAAAACCAGCUAGAGCUAGCUGAAGCUACGGAGGAGCUAACCACGGCUAAAGCUAUAAUGUGCUUGUCCAAUAAAAUGACAGAAAUGAAGGACGAAAUAAAACAAGAACUGGCGCAUUUCAAAACGGAGAUUAACCAGAAGCUUCUGAAUAUUACUACGGAUAUUCGAAACCAAGGCACGCGUCUGGCGGAAUCUGAACAGCGUUUUGGUGAACUCGAAUCUGCGAACAAGGAUCUAAGAGACGCGCUCCUACACUCAAUCAAACAACAGAAAACCCUGAUGACAAAAAUGACUGAUUUGGAGGGCCGAUCCAGACGAAAUAACCUCCGUGUAUAUAACAUCAGUGAGAAUGCGGAAGGUAGCUCUAUGUCAUCGUUUAUGGACACUUUUCUGAAGAGGGAACUUUCCCUACGAGAGGAGGAGGAUUUGCAGAUCCAACGCGCUCAUCGCUCUCUGGGGCCAAAGCCACAGGAUAAACAUGCCGCUAGAUCCAUUCUAGUCAACUUUCAAAGGUUUGAUAUGAAGGACAAAGUGUUACGUGCAGCCUGGGCGAAGAAGAUCAUCUUUGACGGUAAAGUUAUUACGUUUGCCAAUGACAUGCCCACGGAGAUAAACAAUAAAAUGAAGGAAUACAAGGACAUUAAGAAGUCUCUUAAAGAAGCAAAGAUACGCUUUCAGACACCGUAUCCUGCGAAACUGAGAGUCCAUUGGGAGGACGGUCCAGCGUGUACAAGACAGCGAAAGAGGCGGCGGAGGACGCGAGGAAGAGGGGCCUUUCUGUGGAGAUCCCCCGCUCUUCAGAUACGGACUGGGAGCAGGUACUCACUCGAGAUACGCAUUGGAACAAGGCUGGGAACACUCAUACUGAGCGAGUACGGGAAAGACUGCGUGUGUUUCAGAAUGACUAGCUAA